CGCUGUGGGGCUGUGGGUGGGGCGGUGGCCGGGAGUCUGGCGAUCGUAAUUGGGGCUGGAACGAGGGCCACGACGAGGUCCAUUCUUGGGAACCCUAUCGAGGGGUCGGGGCCCGGGCCAGGGGCGUUGGAGGAAGCCGCCGCGAGCAACACGCCUCUGGCCCCAGAAGAGACCGCUCUAGAAGCCGGCUUCCCGCCCCCGGCGGCCUCCGUGCUCGACCCUCCUGCCGGCUCAGCCGCGGGGGCUGCGGCGCCGGGCGCCCAGUGGGCUGACCGGGCCACGCUGAGGACCGGCCGCACGAGAAGCGGCCGCGCGGCGGGUCCGUCCCUCAGCCCGGAGGUCAGGCCACGGCUGCCCUGUCGGUGGUCCACCGCCCUGAGCCCAGCCCCCUUGGCUGGCCAGCCAGCGACCUCCCUGCACGCCUGCCUCUCUGAAGAUGCUUCCAAGCCCUGUCGCUGGGUGAUUUUUUCUUUCUUCUUUUCCUUUUUUUUUUUUUUUUUUGGCCUGCAGAUUUAAAGGAUAGCUGUCUUCCCUCUGGAAAGUUCAACUUGAGUGGGAAUGCGUAAUCUUUCUUGGACCUUCCGACGUUCCCGGCUUCCAAGCGCCGACUGAUCUAGUAACUGGGAUCCCAUUCAGAUCACACGCGCACACACACACAAAAGAGCAGAGUUGUUCUCUUGCACUCAACAAGGGCAGAUGGACUUCGGAAUUAAGAUGCAGGGCGGUGAGCCCGUGUCGACCCUGAAAGUCUCGGAGAGCGAAGGCAAGCUGGAGGGCCUGACCACCGCCGUGAUCCCGAACAAGAACAGCAGCAACAGCAGCUGUGGGGGCGGCGGCCUCAGCAGCAGCAGCAGUAGCAGCAGUGGCCGUGGUGGUGGCAGCGCAAAAGGCUGGCAAUACAGUGACCACAUGGAAAACGUGUAUGGUUACUUAAUGAAGUACACCAAUCUUGUCACUGGGUGGCAGUACAGGUUUUUUGUUUUGAACAAUGAAGCUGGACUGUUGGAGUACUUUGUGACUGAACAGUCUAGAAAUCAAAAGCCCAGAGGCACCUUGCAGCUUGCAGGAGCCGUAAUAUCACCCAGCGAUGAGGACUCGCACACCUUCACCGUGAACGCUGCCAGUGGGGAGCAGUACAAACUCAGAGCCACGGAUGCUAAAGAGCGACAGCAUUGGGUUAGCCGACUUCAGAUAUGUACACAGCACCACACUGAAGCUAUUGGGAAGAAUAAUCCUCCUCUGAAGUCACGGAGUUUCUCGCUUGCAUCUAGUGGUAAUUCUCCUAUAUCGCAGAGGAGACCAAGUCAAAAUGCCAUUUCUUUCUUUAAUGUUGGACAUUCCAAACUGCAGUCGGUAAGCAAGAGAACACACUCACCUCCAGACCAUCUUGUGGAAGUCAGAGAGAUGAUGUCUCAUGCUGAAGGACAACAAAGAGACUUAAUUAGACGAAUUGAAUGCCUUCCUACUUCUGGCCAUCUUAGUUCCUUGGACCAGGAUCUCUUAAUGCUCAAAGCUACUUCCAUGGCAACUAUGAACUGCUUAAAUGACUGCUUUCAUAUUCUCCAGUUGCAGCAUGCAUCCCAUCAGAAGGGCUCGUUACCUUCAGGAACGACAAUCGAGUGGUUGGAACCAAAGAUACCUUUAUCAAACCACUAUAAAAAUGGAGCUGAGCAGCCCUUUGCAGCCGAGCAGAGUAAGCCAGUGGCAGUCCCGGAGGAGCAGUCUGUUGCAGAACCUGGACUCCCAUCAAGGGAACCUGAGGAGAUAAAUGCUGAUGAUGAGAUAGAGGAUACAGGUGACAACAAGGAAGAUGACCUGGGAGCUGUGGAAGAACAACGAAGUGUUAUUCUACAUCUUUUGUCCCAGCUCAAGCUGGGCAUGGACUUAACAAGAGUGGUGCUUCCUACGUUUAUACUGGAGAAACGAUCCUUGCUGGAAAUGUAUGCAGACUUUAUGUCUCAUCCUGACAUGUUCAUAGCCAUCACCAAUGGAGCCACUGCUGAAGACAGAAUGAUUCGCUUUGUGGAGUACUACCUUACCUCAUUUCAUGAAGGCCGGAAGGGAGCCAUCGCUAAGAAACCGUACAAUCCCAUCAUCGGAGAGACGUUCCACUGCUCCUGGAGGAUGCCAAGAAGUGGGGUCACCUCCAGCGGCGCUUCUGCUCAGGCAGCCCCCAGUCACACUCUGCCGCCAGACGAGCCUGUGAGCCAGGUGGGCUCGGACUGCUACACGGUCAGAUUUGUUGCCGAGCAAGUCUCCCAUCACCCACCAGUCUCGGGUUUUUAUGCAGAAUGUGUAGAGAGGAAGAUGUGUGUAAAUGCUCAUGUCUGGACUAAGAGCAAAUUCUUAGGCAUGUCCAUAGGCGUGACCAUGGUUGGAGAAGGUGUCCUCAGUCUGUUGGAGCAUGGAGAAGAGUAUACAUUUUCCCUGCCUUGUGCUUAUGCUCGGUCAAUUCUAACCGUUCCUUGGGUGGAAUUGGGCGGCAAAGUCAGUGUCAACUGUGUAAAAUCUGGCUAUUCAGCCAGUAUCACUUUUCACACGAAGCCAUUUUAUGGAGGCAAGCUGCACCGGGUUACAGCUGAAGUAAAGCACAAUCUCACCAACACUGUGGUCUGCAGAGUGCAGGGAGAAUGGAAUAGUGUCCUAGAGUUUACUUACAGCAACGGGGAGACAAAGUACGUGGACUUGACUAAAUUGGCCGUGAUGAAGAAAAGGGUCCGACCCCUGGAGAAGCAGGAUCCCUUUGAAUCCAGGCGAUUAUGGAAAAAUGUGACUGACUCUCUGAGAGAAUCUGAGAUUGACAAGGCCACAGAGCAUAAGCGAACCCUGGAAGAACGCCAGAGAGCUGAAGAAAGGCAUCGUACUGAAACAGGCACUCCCUGGAAGACCAAAUAUUUUGUUAAAGAGGGAGAUGGCUGGGUUUAUCACAAACCCCUCUGGAAAGUAAUUCCAAGCACACAGCCAGCGGAGUGACACAUGCUUUCUCAGACUCGACCAAAUGCGGUUCUUCUGUGUUUACCCCAAACCCUCCCAGAAUGGAGUCAUCGCACUGAGUGACCUGCUUCCCAGCUGCACACACUGAAGCUAGCUCAACAUGAAUGUAGCCACUGGGGCCCCGGUAGACUGCAGCGAGACCAAAGUGUUGGGGAAACACAGUGGCCCUCUCACCACUCUGUUCACAGGAUGCGAGCAAUACCACCUGAAAACCUUUUACCUGGAUUCUUAAC